AUGGCAGUCUCAGAGAGCGUUUUUUCUCAAUAUCAAAAGCCUGUGUUGGUUGGUGUUGGCUUAGUCUUGACCAUUCUUCCAAUUAUUGUCGUCGCCCUUCGAUUUUGGAUACGCCGCCGCUCGCCGGCAGGCUUUGGCUUGGAUGACUGGUGUAUAUUGGUCGCCCUGGUGCUGUGCACAGGAGGCGGUAUAGUGGAAAUCCUACUGGCCGAGAUCGCUGGAAUGGGUCGCCAUCAAAGGUUGACUCCUAGUGGGGAGCUGAUGCAUUAUCGGGAACUUACCAACUACGAGAAGUGCCGAUAUGCCAUCGAACUGCUUACGACGAUCAACCUCAGUGUCAUCAAAAUCUCCAUUCUCUUGUUCUACCGUCGACUCUUCACGGUCAGGCCAUUCAGGAUCGCGAGUAACAUCUUCAUUGGAGUAGUCGCGGCUUGGGGCAUAGCAUUCGAAUCCGCGAUGGCAGCUCAAUGCAGUCCAACCCACUUAUUCUGGGAUCUCUUCGAGAUGGAAUAUGUCGGGCACUGCAUCAAUGUUCAGAUGAUGUAUCAAGCACUAGCAUACUCCGACUUGAUUCUCGAUAUUUUGGUGCUAGCUUUCCCAAUUCCAAUGAUUAUAUCCCUGAGACUACCUUGGAAAAAGAAGAUACAAAUAUUAGAUAUCUUCUUACUCGGUGGCGUUGUGCUUGCGUCUGGCAUUGGUCGACUUGUCUCUUUCUUGCAAACUGUAGACUACACCAAUCAUAACCCAGAGAAGUACUUCAAAGACACUCUAUGUACGUCCGCAACACAGAAGAUGCAAAGCGAUUUAGAGCUGACACUCUGUGACUUAGGGUACACGGCAGGGCCUUUAUUCUGGCUAUUUGCUGAGAAUUCAAUUGCAAUCAUCGGCGCCUGCCUACCAACUUUGGCAGCUCUAUGGCAGCGAGGCACCCCGAAGUCCUCCAAGGGCUCGAAGGGGAGCUCCUACUACACGAACUCCUGGAUAGGACCGAAGCAAAAGGAAUAUGAAACCAUCGACUCACCGUACAUUAAUGGAGGCAACGUUGAAGAUGCAUCUAUACGUCAUCUUGUCGCAAUGGGACCGUCAACGAAUAUACGCGCCGAUAGUAUUCCGCUCCAUGAUCGACCUAAUCCGCAGGAGGGCAUUAAAGUGAACACCACUCUCCAGAAAGAUACCAAGAAGUACGCGAUAUGA